AUGCAGGGUGAUGAUCCCCCAUUUCUUCCAGUCGGUACUGAUGUAAGUGCCAAGUAUAAAGGAGCAUUUUGUGAGGCUAAAAUUAAAAAAGUUGUUCGUAACAUUAAAUGCAAGGUGACUUUAAAAGCUGGUGGUAUUACCACAGUAAAUGAUGAUGUUAUCAAAGGUACUUUAAGGGUAGGCAGCACUGUAGAAGUAAAGCAAGAUCCCAAAAAGGAAGCAAUGGAGGCAGUUAUCACUAAGAUACAAGACUGUAGUCAGUAUACUGUUGUGUUUGAUGAUGGGGAUAUUACAACUUUACGGCGCUCUGCACUGUGCCUUAAGAGUGGACGUCAUUUCAAUGAAAGUGAAACAUUAGACCAAUUGCCACUCACACAUCCAGAGCACUUUUCAACACCUGUUAUAGCUGGCAGAAGAGGACGAAGAGGAAGAGCACAGUCUGAAGAAAGUGAAGGCGAAGGCAGCACACGCCGUAUCAAGGCGGAUAGUGCAGAGCGAGAGCCUCAUGUCGGGCGUGUGGUACUGGUAGAGGCUGCGAGUGGUGCGGAACGACGGAGGCCUCACCAGCCCGCAUUCCCUGCACUUGUGGUAGCUCCAACUGCACAAAUUAAAGUCAAGGAAGACUAUUUAGUGCGGUCUUUUAAGGAUGGGAGAUAUUACACAGUCCCAAAGAAGGAAGCGCGCGAGUUUCGUAAAGGCGCAGCACCUAUAGAGUGGUCAGGCGUGGAGGCAGCGCUGCAGUACCUCAACCAGGGCGUGCUCCCGCCGCACUGGGACCGUGACACGUUGUUCAAUGAGCCGAGGAACACUUCUGAUGAUAGCUCAGAUGAUGAACCUCGGGAAGAGAAGGACCAUUUUGUAGCGCAGUUGUAUAAGUUUAUGGAUGACCGCGGCACCCCGCUCAACCGGAACCCUACAAUUGCUAAUAGAGAUAUAGAUCUCUAUAGAUUGUUUCGAGUUGUUCAAAAACUUGGUGGUUACAAUAGAGUAACCAAUCAAAACCAGUGGAAAACAAUUGCUGAUAAAAUGGGUUUCCAUCCAGUCACUACAAGUAUAACAAACUUGUGCAAGCAAGCCUAUAAAAAGUUCCUGCACAGCUUCGAGGACUUCUACCGCAAGCUGGGCGUGACGCUGGUGGCGCACCCGCGCGGCGCGCGCACUCCGCCCGCCGGCCGCUCGCUCAUACGCGACCGCGACAAGCAGCCGCCCGCCUCCUCCUCGGCCUCCGCCUCCGCCUCCUCCACGCCCACCGGCACGCCCAGUCAGCGCUCAAAAGAUAAAGAUUCGGAUAAAAGUGAAACAGAAAAAAGUGAUAAGAGUGAGAAAGAAGAUAAAAUAGAAAAGCCAGAGAAGAAGGACAAGCCGCGAGCUAGUGACGAAGAUGACAGCGCAGAUAACCAGCCUCUCAUAAUCACUGCACCAAAAAUUGAAAAAGAAAAGGAAAAGGAAAAAGAAAAGGAGAAGGAAAAAGACAAAGAAAAAGAUAAAGAGAAGGAAAAAGAGAAAGAAAAGGAAAAAGAAAGAGAUAAAGAAAAGGACAAGGAUAAAAGUUCAACGACAAGUGAAGAAAAGAUCGUCAUCAAGCCGCGCUCGCAGUCGAAAACGCGCAGUCUGCCACCGAUUAAGACAGAGUCGCAUGAAAAACGCACUCCGAAAAGAAAGACGUUAUCUUCCAAGUUGAGUGAAGGUGCGGGUGUAAGUACGGGUCGUGCGUCGCGGCGGCCCAACGCCUCCACCGACAGUGAUAGCUCCGGCAGAGCGUCCAGAUGUGGACUCACUAAAAAAAUGCAAUGUCGAAGAAGUCAAAGCGCAAACUCAGCGAGCAGCGGCAACACUAUCGCGUCCAAUAGCAGCAAGCGCCCGCGGAAAAGGAAGACUACUGAGCCUUCUACUAAUGAAUCAACCAGAUCUUCUAAUGUGAAAGCUCAAGUAGGGGACAAACUGAAGGUGUAUUACGGACCAACACAAUCAGAAUCAAAGGUGACUUACGAGGCGAAGGUGAUAGAAGUGUCUGCGGAGGGCAUGCUGCGCGUGCACUACACGGGCUGGAACACGCGCUACGACGAAUGGAUCAAGCCGCAGCGCAUCGCGCUCAACGUCACGCAGCACGACGCGAGGAAUAAGAAGAUUACAAACUUAAGUAGGCGAGUAAGAAGUAAGAGAACAGAAGUUCUAUUUUCAGAAUCAUCUGCACGCUCCGACACUGACACUUCAGAUAGUGACGAAAGUGUCAAAAGACCCCCUAAAAAGUCUGAUGAUAAAUCGAGUGUUAAAACUCCGUCUAGGUCUAAGGACCAAAAAUCAAGUGAUAGCAGUAGCUCAAGUAAGCCGAGAAAAAGGCCCGUGAGAACCGUGUCUACACCACUAGCCACUUCGCCGUCUAAAAAACCACGCAUAAAUGUAACAAGCCAACACCAGGGCCGUGAUUAUGACCUAAACGAAAUCCGGUCAGAACUAAAAGGACUCCACUCAGUAAAACAGGAAGCUGAAGAAACGAUAAAAACAGAAGUAUCUCCAAAAGAUACUGUUGUGAGUCCUGGACAUUCCACCAAUCAACUUUCUGAAAUUCCACAACCUGAGAAACAAGCAGAAGAUGUGUAUGAAUUCAAAGAACCCGAACCAUUCGAACUGGAAUUGCAUGAUGAAAAAAAGAAAAGAACUCAUCGUAUAUUUGAUGACAUUUCCCCUAGCAAAUAUACGUCAACACUGUCGAAGUCUUUGAGUGAAGAAAUAUCGGAAGACCCAUUGAGAGCGCGGCCGUCGUCAUUCAGGUCACCAUCACUCUCGCCAUUUAGAGAUUUUGGCACAACUCGAGAUGUACCAUGCAGGCAGAGCCCAGAGGAUGACUCAAAGGAUGGUUUAUUUUCAUUAGACGAUGAUUCCCUUCCAGGAGAAGGGAGCUCAGGACCCAUAUUUGAAGGCUUUACGCCCGCUAAAAAUCAAGAAACGUAUUCAAAAAAGAAUAAAGUUACUAAACUUCGACAGUUAAUCGACGAUUCACCUGACAGCCCUGCAGACGAUGAGCAGUCAUCGGAAGAUGAACCAGAAGACGUUGUUAAAGUAGAAGAAAGAGGUCCGAGUCCUAUUUUGCAGCCAAUGUUAAAAGAAAAGUCUCCCGAGCCAAUCAAGGAGGAGCCUAAAAAUCCAGAACAAACCAAAGAGGUUAAGGAUGCUCUAACGAUCUUGAAAGAGCUUCCUCCUAUAGAAUCUAUACCAGAACCACCACGAACACCACCGCCGAAAGUAAAACUAGAAGUACCAAUUGUAUCUGUAAAUCCUUCCACAAGUAAUGUUUCGAAAGAAAUUGAAGAAAAGAAAGAAAAAGAAGAUAAAGUUAUAAAAGAAGAAAAAGCAACUAAAAAUGAAAUUAAUGAAAAGACACUCAAAGAAAAACUAUUAUCAAUACCUCUACCAAGUGUAGAACCAAAAGAGCCUCCCAAAAUAAGAAUAGAAAAAUUAGAUCCGGAUCCAAUAAUAUCUAAGAUGGAGCCGCCGUCUAGCGCACUCAUCGACACUGAAGAAGAUAAAUCUGAGCCCGACAGUCCGGCGCGUAUCGACGUUCUACCAGAACCACCACCAGGUUUCCUUUUGCAGUCAGAGGGUCCAAAGAUCGCUGAAAAACUUCUACAAGCAAUAAACAGCGCAAAGAGACUGUCUAUAUCUCCGCCUCCAGUAGAUGAUCGGCCAAUUACGCCAAAGAAAGAUGUUAAAGCCGCAGAUGAAAAAUUGUCACCUAUACCCAUUGAAAUCAAACGGCCGCCUAGUAAACCGGAAUUACUAAAACCACUAACGAAGCUCGAGCCCAUCAAAAGAGCGAGUCCCGCGGAAAUUAUUGAUUCUAUAUUUGGCGAACCCUCAAAUUUAACGGACGUCAAACGAGAUAUAACAGAAAUAAAAAAGGUUAAGCCCAAAGAGCCGACGCCACCGAGACUGCAGAGUCCUCUCAAUAUUUUAGAACGGCGAAAAAGCGUCGCCGAUCUACCUCUAAGUGCUCCCGGGAAGAAUAAGGUGUUAAGUGAGACAAUACAAAAACUAUCGAGUCAAAUAAACCAGUCUGUAGUGGCGGCUAGCAUUCCCUUACCACCGUUCCAGCCCGCUGAUGAUCGAAGCGAAUCCAGCGACUCCGAUGACUCGGACAGACGGCUUAUAAUCGACAAGCUGUCAGCGGAGGAGUGGACCAGCGGUAGCGGCGGCAGCGUCGGCGGCGGUGGUCGCGCGCGCGGCCCGCACGCCGGCAAGUCGCCCGGCGAGUGGAGCGCCGGCGAGUCGCUGCUCAUGCUUGAGGACGCCUGCAAGAAUGAGCGGAAGCACAGCGCGAGCGUAGUGGUGGCGGGUGGCGGGCGCGUGGGCGGCGCGGCGGGGGCGGGCGGCGCUGCGGGGGCGGGCGGCGAGGACGAGAGCUGCGUGUCACUGCUCCUGUGCGAGGAGACCAUCCCCGGCUCGCCGGCGCCUGACGCGGAACCCGCGCCGCCCGCCCGCCCACACCACCAGCCCUUCGCGUGCGCGCCGCAGCAUGCGCACUCCCACAAUGCGCACAAUCAUAAAGCGGAAGAACGUCGCGGGUCUGCGGGCAACCCCGGCGACGCGGGCGACGGCGCGGGCGCGGCGGCGGGCGCGGCAGGCGGCGCGGCGCGCGAUGACGACUGGUCGCGCCGCCGCGCCGUGCUAGAGAACACGCCGCCCACCACGCCCGAUAGCAGUCUCGAUAUGUCCCCUCAUAGGGAAAGGCGAAUAUCAGAAAGAGACAGUCCUUCCGACAGAAAGGAAGAUGAAGAAGACAAUCCAGUUCAAGAUUCCUGUGCUAUGGAUAUUGAUAAACCUCAUGGCAGUGCGCGGUCCCGCAAGGCGUCGGAGUCGUCGGGCGCGGGGCGCACGCGCACGCGCCGCGCGCGCCGCGACACGGACGAGCCGCACGCGCCGCACCACGCGCUCAAGUACAACUUUUAUGUUGAUCUUGAUCCAUCGUGGGAUUGUCAAACUCGUAUAAACGUGCUGACGUCGCGGCUGGCCGACCUGCGCAAGGCGUACCACUCGGUAAAGGCCGAGCUCGCCACCAUCGACCGCCGCCGCAAGAAGCUACGACGAAAGGAACGAGAAGCUAUAAAAGCAGCAAAAGCUGCAUGUUCA